AACGCGUUGACGCCGAUGGCUCGUUGUCGUCGAGAAGGAAACUCUGUAAAGAAGGAAAUUUGCUUUAUGCUGUGCCGUCCGGGUCUGGGAUUCUCCGAGGGCCCAUUCGGGGCACACUUUUGGUAUAAAAGCGAACCGGAGUCAGGAACUAGUCGUACUUUAAUGCAGCUAGCUCUCAUCAACACAACAUCAUGUUUGCUUUGUCCGCUCUUGCUUUCAUGGCUAUCGCCUCUCAAGCGUUUGGAGGCAUUGCCUACACCGAUACUUACCAUUUGCCCUACACUUAUUCCUACGGAUACGCUCCGACGUACACGACCUACGCUGCGCCGUACGCGACCACGUAUUCCGCACCCGCCGUGUCAGUACACAAAACCGUCCUUGCGCCGGCUGUCUCGUACAACCCCAUCGUGAAGACAAUUUCAUCGCCCUAUUACGGUUUCGGCUACGGAACCGUUUACGCUCCCCUUGCGAAAAAAUAAAAGAGUGCAAUGUAGCAGAUGCCAAACGGACUUCAAUCCAGACGGGUAUCCGACGAUGAAUACGCCCCGAUGCCUGACUGUCAGUUAGGGUCGUAACGGAAUGAGAGCCACGUUUGUUAAGAGUAUUCUAGUAGGAUGAUUUCGACUGGUUUGGGGACGACUAUUUAUUUGAAGGUCUAACAAAACAGAUCGGGAAAAAGCUUUGUAUUUGUAAAAAAAAUUAGAAGUAAAAUUUUAGUAAGAUCUAAUAAAAAAAAGUAUAGCAUAGUCAAAUUAA